UUGGUUAGCUGGAGACAUACAUACAAUACAAGGUUACGAAAAUAUUUACGCACGUGUUCCUCACGCGUGUAGACGAAUCAAGAAGUUUCAAGCACCGAACAACUUCCCUCUUUCAUUAAUUCCCCACAACCCUCACCCUUUCCAUCCAUUAAGUAACCCAAACCUCUCCAAACCCAGUAAACAACAAUCCCAUGCACACACUCUCUGUCUCUCUCUCUGAUUCUUUUUCUCACAGACAGGGUUAAACUUGUUUGUUUAGAAUAUGUGGCAAACACCGCCUCACCGGAAAAAUGACGUGGAAGCGGGGGCGAGCCCGCUGUACCCAACGAUGCUGGAGAGUCCGGAGCUACGGUGGGCCUUCAUUCGCAAGAUUUAUUCAAUUUUGUCUCUCCAAUUGCUCAUCACCAUCGCCGUCGCCGCCGUCGUCGUCACCGUCCGCCCUGUCGCUCUCUUCUUCUCCACCACCGCCGCCGGCCUCGCCCUCUAUAUCAUAAUCAUCAUCACCCCCUUCAUAGUGUUGUGCCCUUUGUAUUACUAUCACCAGACACAUCCUGUGAACUAUUUUCUCCUUGGGUUGUUUACUGUUAGUCUUGCCUUUAUAGUGGGCUUGACCUGUGCUUUUACCAAUGAAAAGGUUAUUUUGGAAUCUGUAAUCUUAACGGCUGCGGUGGUUAUAAGUCUCACGUUGUACACAUUUUGGGCCGCAAGGAGAGGCCAUGAUUUCAACUUUCUGGGGCCUUUCUUGUUUGGGGCUAUAUUUGUGCUCAUUAUCUUUGCCCUGAUUCAGGUGCUCUUUCCAUUGGGUAAGAUCUCUGUUAUGAUCUAUGGGUGUCUGGCAUCGAUCAUAUUUUGUGGGUACAUCAUAUACGAUACAGACAACCUGAUCAAGCGUUAUUCCUACGACGAGUACAUUUUUGCUUCUGUGGCUCUGUAUCUGGAUAUCAUCAAUCUCUUUCUGUCAUUGUUGACUGUUUUCCGAGCUGCUGAAUAGUUAUAGAGAGAUCCCUCAGUUUUCGAGUCUUUCUCCCUUCUUUUUUGUAAAGUUUAUUGCGAAAUACGUAAAGAUUGAAGGCAUAACAUGUUCAUAUUAUGUUGCUUUAUAUUAGUGAAUAGCUAAUUGAAUGGAAUGUUUUGCUCAAAGUGUAAUGAAGUUCCAAGUUCAAUA